AUGACGACGGUGGACGUUACCUAUGAGAAAAUUCACCUCAGACACGAUCCGAGGUGGUCUGUACGCGCGGGAGCUUGUGACGGUGCAAUGGUGUGUAUCGCCUGCGUUAUAGAAAUGAUGGACAGAGAGGAUGUCUCGACUGUGCGGAGGUCUGUGGCACUGACGGGUGUUGGGGAGCUUCUGAAGAGUGCUGGGGUCAUGAGGGAGAUCCUGGAGCAGGACGAAAGGGUGUGUCUGCAUUUCACCUCCUCCUUACUGAAGAUGCUACAGUCUGUUGGAGAACCAGCCACACUAGAAAAAGUCAUGCAAGUGCUGGUUCAACUGUUGCUGGAAGUGAAGAAGGAAAAGCUUGUGCAACAUGUUCUACAUGAACUUCAAACACAGUUGUGUGAGGGAGCUGGUGUGAGGGGUUUUCUCCUGUGUGUCACGUUUCUGGGGAAACUGGUGGAUGCAAUUCCUGAUGUAGCCCUAAUGCUGACCACAGUCCACUUGUGUGUGCUAGAGGCUGUGUGUUUACGAUUGCUGAACCCUGAUGAGGAGCUUAAGGCUGCAGUGUGUUAUGUGCUGCGUGGGGUGUGGGCGUCUGAGGCUGCAGUCCAGUCUGUGUCUCACACGCUCAGAGACAGAGUGUGUGUGUUACUGCUGCAAACACUCACACAUGCCAGCUCACUCCAGCUCACCAUUAACAGCCUCGGGUUGCUGUUAUUGGUUUUACGGAAUGCGGAAAAUGUGUGUUUAUUGAUGAAUCAGACACACAGUGAGAAAGAGGAGCAUGAAGAGGAAGAGUCACACUGUACCCAACUCAAACUGCAGCACUGCUCUCUUCCACUCACCCUAAAGAAGCUGCUGCUGAGUGGUGAUGAGUCAUUGCAGGUGGCCAGUGUUCAGUGCGUGAGUUCUGUGCUGGUCCACUCGCCCAGCCAGUAUUGUGCCCCCUUCAUACAGGCGGACAUACCUGAGUUCCUGUUUGAGUGUGUUAGCAGCAGCAGUGAGGUGGUGCUGUGGUGUGUGUAUGACUGCCUGCACCUGCUUUGUCAGGAGCCUCUCUUCUUCUCUCACUGCCACUCUGUCUACGGCAUUGAGUCUCUUGUUCGUAGUCUUAAGGCUGCACUGAAGCUGUCUAAUCUGGAGGUGCAGAAACAGGGUCUACGGCUACUUACAACUAUACUGGAGAGGCAGCCAAAAGGUGUGCGUCUGUUCCCCACUAGCCCAGGGUUUGUGGGCGUGGCUGAGGUAGUGGUGGGGGGUGUGGCCUCAUCCUGCUUCCAGGUAGCCACUCAGGCUACACGAGCAGCUGCUGCACUGCUCAGGUGUUUUUACGGUUCUGGUGGCCAGUCUUCUAAAGCAGGAGUGCUUUUAAUCCAAGCCCUGGUCUGUUUUCUGGAUGCCUGCAGGCUGGCGGAGGAGUGUGUGACUGAGGUCAAUGUGAGGGAGAAUGUGUUUAAAGCACCUGACAAACAGAAUGAGGACAUGAUGCAGUCUUUCUGUGUGCAUCUGCUGCAGUGCUGUGAUACAGUCUACAUUCCUACUGUUACUCGGGUGUGUGAGCGAGGCCCCUGUCCUCAGGUGCUGCAGCUGUUGUUUUCAAUCCUGUCUCUGCAGUUCUCUCUCUGUCCUGCACUAAUGCCCGACUUUGCUAACAAGCUUGCUUCAUCUGGUUUCAUUCGACUGGCUGUAGAAAACCAAGCUGUACUGUGUUCAGGAAAUCGCUUUUGCUUAGAUGGGUCUCUGUGUCAUUACAGACACGAAUCUCUAAAUGCAGCUUGCUGUGGUUUUCUUCUGAAACUCUGCACAUGUCUGCUUUCACAGCCAGACCCUGUCACCAGCACCCACCACCAAGGUGUGGAGGAGGUGGAGUAUGUAUUACGGGAAUGUUUGCCGUCUCUGUGCUGUCGAGUGUGUGAGUGGCCCUUGAUGCUGAGUGAGGCUCGAACAGUCAGCCAAAACACACAAUACUGCUUACUGCACCUGCUGUAUCUCUCACUGGUGCAUGGAGACAGGUUGCUGCCUGAUGCUACCGUAUUCUCUUCUGUAGUGCACUUUAUGUUUGUGAUGCAGGAGCAGUGUGAUUCCCUCCCUCCAUCAGUACUGCAGUCAGCACUAUAUCUACUGACAGCCACACAGGACAGCAGUCCUGAUCUAGACUGGACUCCUCUGAACAGCAUCAUUAAGGCCUUGUCUUCCUCUCCUUUCUCCUUCUCUCUUCUCUCCUCACCUCAUCCUUCACUCCUGCGCUUCAUCUUUCGCUACCCUGAACUGGCCGAGCGUUUCGGAGCAAGGGCUCUGGCUGGGUGGCUGGCAGGUGGAUCAGAACCUAGUCUGAUUAGAAAGGAGGGAUGCAGCCACUCAGAUCCAGAACAGAACUCAGUCCUGCUGGAGCUGUUGGAGAGAAACCCUCCUAUAGCACAAAUGCUGCUGAGUGUAGUCUGCGAUUCUGAGGGCACAGUAGCAGAGCGUGCAGUGGGCGUGUUGCAGCGGUACCUGGAGGCGGAGCAAGAUUGUAGCCCCUCUCUCUCGGCCCUGCUCAAACCAGCCCUGCUGCAGCUCCUGCAGAGAGACACCUGUGACAGCACUGACAACAGCACAGUUCCUGGUUGCUUGUCUCUGGUGCUCCAGAUGUUGUGUGUAGUUCACUACAGCUCCUCAGAUCAGGGAGACAUGGACAACACAGACUUCAAACUGCUUUAUCACGUGAGCAAUCUUGUUGGAAAGAUGAGGUGCAGUAAUUCAGAAUUUCUGCUGCCAGCGUUGAACUACCUCUACUUCUGCCUAGCCAUGUCUCCUCUACACACUGCUGAUCGAGCUCUGUCCAUGCUGUUAUGUAAUACAGGUGUGAUGGAGGUUCUUGAGUCUCUACUGAAUGUCUCUCAGUCUUCAUCACUCACUCCUCUCUCUCCUCCACCACCUCUCCUCUCCUGCUCCCUCCUUCUCUUCAGCUCUGUCAUUACCCUAAACACUGACAGCCUAGUACUCAUGUGUCGUGUGCGGUUGGUGCAGGUCAUGUUGGAUGUGGACUUUUCCUCUCCAGUGGUGUGUGUGUCAGAGUGUGGAGGGCUGCAGCGCCCCUUGCUGCCUGUAGAUGGAUCUCUGUAUCCACUGGGCUACAGUGGAACUGUCUGUCUGCUUUCAGCCCUGCAGAAUUUACUACUGCAGAAGCAGGAGAUGCUGCUCGGUGUGUCUGUGAACUGUCUGAGAUCACUGAUUGACUUUUUACACAGGAGGAGGCCAACUCUAGUCCAGCAUGUGGUGUGUCAGCCAUGGAAUCUUUUCCUGCUGUACUCUCUGCUCAACUCAGGGGAAAGUCUCUUACUGCACCCUGCCACUCUCAGCUUACUGACACUGCUGGUUCGCUGGUCCAGAGGGUACAUACAGUGGGAGUCGGAUGUUGCGUGCGUGUGUGAAGCUGCUGAGAGGCGAGGAGUAAAAGAGCUAGGAGAGAACACCAGACACAUCCUGAAACUACUAGUCACCGAGUGCAGUGCUUUCUCUCUUUCUGAAAAGUUAAAGCAGAGCAUAAACACUUUGUUGGAUACACUCUGUCAGCUUACUCCCUCUGAGACCAGGACCAGCACUGUAGUGUAUCCUUUAAACUCCGCCCUCACUGUGGUCCUGCGAUGA